GAGGCGGCGGGGGGUGCCCGCCGCGGGGCUCGGUAGCGCCCCCUGCCGCGCCCGCCGCCGCCGCGCCGCCGCCACGGCAGAUGAGCUUGUGCUUCUUCCAGUCCUGGCGCUGGUGCUCCUUGCUGCAGUAGAAGGAGCUGCGGCAGCGCCCGCACCGCAGCAGGUUCUCCAUCUUCCCGCACAGCUCGCAGUACUGCCGAUCGCGCUCGCUGGUGCUGUUGCCGCCGCCGCUGCUGCUGCCGCCGCCGCUGCUCUCGCCCUGGCCGCCCUGGCCGGCGCCGCCGCCGCUGUCAUUCGCCAUGGCGCUGGUGCUGCCGCCGCAGCCCCGCUCGGCCGCCGGGUUAUGUUAUGUAAGGAGGCGGGCGGGAGCGGCGCUAACGCGGGCCCCCGCCCGGCCGCGCGGGGAGGGAGCGCUCACUGCAUCAUGGCCGCCCGGCUCCGGCUCCGCCGCGGGUCCCGCCGCCCUCCGCCUCCGCCGGCCCGCGGCCUCCUACGGGGCGGCCGGGGCGCGGGGGCCCGCGCCGCCCUCCCUGCGCCGCUAACGCCGCUUAGCGCCGCCUCAUCGCCGCCCCGCCAGCGGCGGAGCGGCCGAGGGGGAGCGGGGUGGCGCGGUGCGGGGCUGCCUUCCGCUCCCCGCCGGCCUCUCUGCCCGGUGCAGCGCGGGCCGGCGCGGCCGCCGCCUCUCCCCGCCGCGCCUCCGCCGCUGUGCCGGGGCGAGGAGGAGGAGGCGCCACUCCAGCGGCCCGCUGUGCACCAAACAUAAUGGACAUGAAAGUCACGGACUCAAAACUCAGUCAUCCAUCUAUGAAAACUAAGAAAAGGACCAAGGUAAAAGUAUGAUGCCUGGCUAAAAUCUAAUGAUAGUUAUUAAUUUACAGGCUAAUUUGGCUUCAAAAGUCUUUUGUUCCUUCCCUCUCUUUUCCACAUGUCUUGGGAUGGAAUUAAAGGUCUUAGUUUUUGCAUUUGCUAAUGUGCUAAGCUACUUCAGGUUGUCUUGACGUAAUACUGUUUGACAGCAUUGUCUAAAGAAAUACCAAGUUCAAUAAAAUCCAUCCUUGGGUGUA